AUGUCGUUUUCCAAAGAAACAGACUCAACUUCAAAUAUGGUGUUAAUUCUGUCAAGCCCGAGUCAGUUCUAUUUGCGAAUAUUGCAGGUCUUCUUGGAAAUGCAAUUGUUUUCAACAUUUUUACUAGUGUGGUGUCUCCAUUUGUAUACUUUUCAGCAAGAUCCACAGUCUAUAAGGCCAACUGGCUUGUUUUCAAAAUUCUUUCCGUUGAUUCUUCUAUUCCAAGGUUCCACAUUUCUUUUGGAACUCUCGUUUAACGUGAGCUUCAUAUCUUUCUUCGUCUACUGCGCGUGGGAGUUUGUCAAUCAUGUGUACGCCAUUUAUUCCACUAUUGGUUGCUUAGAUGGUUCGAAGACAAUCAGCAGCUACAGUCCAGACCCAGUUGAGACAUUGCUCUCGGGGUUACGUGAUUUAGCUCCAGAACAACAAUUGAGUCGGUUAUCUGCGUUUCAAGAAUUGGCUUAUCUCGCAAGCACCACCGAUGCCCAAGGUGUAAAAAUCAGAAAUUCCAUUUUCAAUUCACAUUCGAAAGGAGGGUUCAUAUGGACCGCAAUUUUGGAUGAGUGCUCUCUUGUUAUCAAAGAUGUCACUUCAAGAAUUAACUAUAGAUCGAAAGCUGACAUGGAUGCACUUAAAGCUGUUCUGGAUUCACUCAAAGCAGCUGAAGCCCCUUUGGGAUUCCAAGUGGACAAGGAAGACAAACUUAUCUUCGGUAACUCUGUUGAGUGUGCUGGUAAUGGUAAGCCUAAUGCAUUCGACAUCAGUGCUACGUCAAGUCCUUUAAAGAAGUAUGAUAAUCCCACUUCUAAAAAGAAAAGUUUACCUGUUUUAAGUGUUUUGAGCAAAUUUUUUUUACAACAGAAUGCUGAUAACGUGGUUGUCUCCUUUUUAAGGUCGCAAUUUUCGGCCCUUGUUAAUCCUGAAUCGUCUGCCUAUCCUUCUAUUCGUCUGAAGAUUAAUUUGCUCUCAAAGACUCUCAACACUUAUCAUGAAAAGUUCUUGGCGUCUAGCGUCGGUGUCUUCUUCAGAGUGACAGUCAAGCGGGAUGCUGAAUCCAGAGUCCUCGACCCAGUUAACUACGGGAAUGCUGUUAUUGCCCUUGCAGGUUUACUUUCACAUGCGAUUGAGGAGAACAGAAAAAACACAAUAACAGAUAAUCAUAUCAGUGAAGUUUUCAACUUGCUUGAAAGACCCUAUCAGGGCUUGCUCUAA